AUGGAAAAAUCCAGGAUUUUGAAACAAACUUUAUUCCUUGUUUGCCUGAUACAAAUAUCGUCUAGUGCUUCUCCGCCGGUUAUAGCAGCCUUCUCCAGUUCAGAGGUAAGUAUUGCCGAAGAUACAAGAAUUGAAACCGUUCUAGAGACCAUUUCUGUCACGGACAACGACGUUCCACCGGAUCCAAUAGUUUGUAACAUCAAAUCGUCGACUCCGGCUAAUGGACCCUUUACCGUCUGGAAGAAGGACGGCGAGACGAAUAUGAACGAGCGACCAACGUUCACCAACCUACCAGCAAACCUGACCAUCAAAGAGGAUGCUCCCGAAGGCAAGGUUAUAACAGUCUUAAGUUUCACAGAUCCCGACCCUUACCAGGAUAUCGAACCUAUUUGCUCGGUGUGGCCGGCAUCGGAGAAAUAUAAAUUCACAUUUGAAUCGAACUCAAAUAAGCUCAAAUUAGCUGACGACAUCAACGAACCCGAACCUCUGGACUACGAGACCACCAAUCAGUACAAGAUAACUUGCAUCCUCUAUGACGGCUACUUAUACAAUGAAGAUGCUUAUGUCAACCUUGCCGUAUUGGACGUGAAUGAGGAACCAAUAUUCAAAGAGGAGUCCUAUUCUUGUAGUCUUUAUGAAUCAGAGAUAGGAGUAUCACAAUGCGAUCUUGGUUUAACAGUCACAGAUCCUGACAGCGACAAGCUUGAUCUCGUCCUUCUAUCCGGCAACAACAGCGAGAGGUUCUCGUUAAUCAACAACGACAAGAAGCUUACAUUUGGCAUCAACUAUGACGUUGACGAUAACGCAAUGCCGACUGACGUACUGCUUACUGCCGGAGCUGUGGAUGAACACGGACUGACAGGAACGACAAAGAUAGCCAUAACCGUGAAAGACGUUAACGAUAAUACACCGGAAUUUACGUCGUCAGUGACGUCAUUCGUCGUAUCAGAAACGCAGGAACUUGGAGCUCUGGGUACAGUGACGGCAUUAGACAAAGACUCUGGUGCUAAUGGAGAGGUUACCUACACGGUCCAGGGAGGUUCACAAGCUCUGGGAUACGUCAGCUUGGUCGGAGAUGGCGGGAUUACAUACUCGAGCAAAUAUCCGCAGAGGUAA